AUGCAGAAUCACUCCGACCACGGGGACGACCUCAAGUUGUCCAGCUCCUGCUCGAUGACGGCCGUACGAUUGUACGAGUUUGGAGGACCAGAAGUGCUGAAAGUCGAGCGACAUCCGAUUCCAACACCUGCGAAGCAUCAGGUUCUGGUCCGUGUACGAGCAACAUCUGUCACAGGAUGGGAUUCGCUGUACCGGCGUGGAAAGUUGACUGCUCCACCCGGUCGAGCUGCCUUGCCUCUACCUCAGCAACUUGGACGUGAGGCCGCUGGUGAAGUCGAAGCCGUUGGCAAAGAUGUAUCCAUGUUUUCCCCUGCAGACCGAGUUGUUGUGAUGGUUUCACCUGCAUGUGGUCAAUGCGCAUACUGCAGAAGAGGCGAGGACAAUCUAUGCCGCGAUAUAGCUCUGCCGGCCCAUCAAUCUUUUGGAGGAUAUGCCGAAUACAUUGUUGUCUCAGAGCAUGGCCUCUUGAAAGCACCCAAGCACUUGGAGUUUGAGAAGCUCGCAUGUCUGCUAUGGUCGUUUGGUACAGCCUUUCACAUGGUGCACAACAAGGCCAAGUUGCGCCCGGGGGAAUCAGUACUCAUCACCGGAGCUUCUGGAGGAAUGGGAACCGCCUGCAUUCAGCUGGCUAAAAUCAAUGGAGCGAAUCCCAUCAUCGCUUUGACCGGGUCAAUGGACAAAGCUGACGGACUGCGAUCCAAUGGAGCCGAUGUGGUACUGAAUUACCGUGACCCUGAUGUGGUGGAGCAGAUUAGAGAACACACCACGAACAAGCAUGGGGUGGAUGUCGUCCUUGACAACGUUGGCGGCGACCAAGGCAUUGGCAUGGCAAUCCAGGCUUGCCGCACGGGAGCUCGUCUCGUUCUCGUCGCAUUCAUUGCUGGGCGCGAGCUCAACCUUGACAUUUUUACCUUGAUCAUCAAGGAGUUGAGCGUGCUGGCGGCCCGUGGCUCAACACGCCGGGAGCAGGAAACAGUUUUGGCUCUCGCAGCGGCAGGCAAAAUUGAUCCCACUGUAGACGCCAGAUUUGCUUUGUCGGAUAUUCGCAAGGCUACGGACAUGCUCGAGAAUCGUGAACAUACUGGUAAGAUAGUUGUUCUGCCAGGUGGUCUCCAUGGCAAGUAG